AUGGAUGAUCGCUUAGAAACGCUUAUUACUUCGGAUGUUUGCCGUACAAAACCAGUACAUUGUGUUGUGUGCGCAAUGCAAAACCAACAACCCAUUAAAAGGAGGCACGAGGUGUUGCGCGACGGCCGUAGCACUAAACCGCCGGUUAUGUUGGAGCAGUGUCACGCGAUGCGUCAGGAUUCGAAGGUGUUGGACGUUUAA